AUGCAGUCGUGGAUAAGGUACGCCUCGUUCAUUAUUGUCGUUUUCGCCGUUCGGCUCGUUUCUUCUUCAGUAACUCAUUAUUCAAUACCCGAGGAAAUGAAGGAAGGGUCUGUUGUCGCCAAUCUAGCUGCUGAUCUAGACUUGGAUGUUAAAACACUCAGUAAACGGAAGAUGCGUAUUGACAUCAUCGGCAACAAAAAAUAUUUGGACGUGAACAAAGAGAAUGGCGACCUGUACAUCGUGGAGAAAAUUGACAGGGAGUAUAUCUGCAGUACAAAGUCGAUCUGCUAUCUCAAAUUGGAGGUUAUAUUGGAAAAUCCUUUACGAAUCUUUAACAUGGAAUUGGAAAUCUUGGACAUGAAUGACAACGCCCCGCAGUUUCGACGAGACGAAAUACAUUUAGACAUAUCCGAGUCAACACCCAGAGGGGAGCGAUUUUCCUUGAGCAAUGCGGUCGACCCCGAUGUGGGAAGCAACUCGGUAAAAACAUACCACAUCAGUGAAAGUGAGCACUUUGAUAUUGAGGUUUAUACGGGGAGAGACGGCUCAAAGUUCGCUGAUUUGAUCCUGACAAAGAGUUUAGACAGAGAGCAGCAGGCCGUUCAUAACCUGAUCCUCACUGCUGUGGAUGGUGGCACGCCUGCGCGUUCUGGUACUGCCAGCGUUAUUGUCAAUGUUUUAGACACGAAUGACAACGCCCCUGUAUUUGGAAAAGAAAGCUACAACAUCAACAUAAUGGAAAAUUCCCCCAUAGGAAGCCUUGUUGUUCAUCUCAAUGCCACAGACUUAGACGAGGGUUCAAAUUCAGCUAUAACAUAUUCCUAUAGUCUCUAUACGCCGGAGAAAACACAAGAAACAUUCAAUUUAAACCCAAACACGGGUGAGAUCACUGUGAAGGGAAUGUUAAAUUAUGAAGAUUUUAGAAUGUACGACAUGGAAGUUAUAGCAACAGAUGGCGGAACAAAUGCUUUGUCAGGACAGUGUAAACUAACAAUUGUCGUGCAAGAUAUGAAUGACAAUCACCCAGAAAUAUCAAUUAAAUCAUUUCAGAGUCCAGUCAAUGAAAACAUAGAAGUGGGCACUGUGAUAGCAGUGGUUACCGUCAGCGAUAAAGACUCGGGGGAUAAUGGAAUAGUUGAUCUUGCCAUUCGUGAUAACAUGCCUUUCAGACUGAGAGAAUCCUCUGAUAACUAUUUUGAGCUGUUAGUGUCAGAACCUCUUGACCGCGAAAAGGUUCCAGAAUAUCAAAUCACUUUCACUGUUACAGACAGAGGUUCUCCUCCUUUAUCUGACAAUGAAACAAUGACUUUAGAACUGCUGGACGACAAUGACAACGUUCCACAGUUCUCCCAGUCAUUCUAUACGAUACGCGUAAUGGAGAAUAACGCACCCGGGGCCUUGAUAAGUGCCCUCUCUGCAUUUGACCCAGAUCUCCAUGAAAAUCAGUAUUUGGUAUAUUUUAUAUUGGAGAAGGAGGUAGCCAACACCUCCAUGUCCAUGUUAUUCUCUAUUAAUCCAGAGAAUGGUAAUCUUUACGCACUGAAGACUUUUGAUUAUGAGAUUGAGAAGGAGUUCCUUUUCCACAUCGAGGCCAGAGACUCUGGUGUUCCUCCACUCAGCAGUAAUGUGACUGUUCACAUCAUUAUCGUGGACCAGAACGACAACGCUCCGGUCAUUGUCUCUCCGUGGCGUGCGCACGGCUCCGUGGUGGAGGAGAAGAUUCCCAGAUCCACAGAUAAAGGCACUUUGGUUGCAAAGGUGAUAGCCAUAGACACCGACUCGGUGCUGAACUCUCGGAUUACUUACCAGUUUCUACAAGUGACUGAUGCCACUUUAUUCAGUCUGGACCAAUACAACGGAGAGAUCCGGACCAUGAGGAUGUUCAGUUACAGAGACCCGCGUCACCAACGUCUGGUUGUUAUUGCCAAGGACAACGGUGAGCCUGCUCUCUCUGCUACAGUUACCAUCAAGCUGUCCACAGUGGAGACUGCUGUUAAGGCCUACUCUGACAUGACUGAAGUACCUCUAGAAUAUGACAUCUUUUCAGACUUGAACCUGUAUUUGGUCAUCGGCCUGGGCUCUGUCUCCUUUCUGCUGUUGAUCACCAUAUUGGUCACCAUCGUACUCAAGUGUCAGAAUCCCAAGCCCAGCAAAGCUGCUGCUGCCUGUAGGAACAGUGUGAUCAGUGAGAGGAAUUCUACCAUUGGAGAUUCUACUCUGGUGUCCAACGAUGCCUACUGGUACAGUCUGUUUCUAGCGGAGACCAGGAAAGGAAAGUUUGUGGUCAGACAGCCUGUGCCAAAGGGCUCCAGGUACAUUGUGUCCAGUCUACCAAGGAGCACAGGAAUGACAGAGACCAGUGACUCUGCAGCCUCAACUCUACAGAGUGGCGCUGUUUACGAGAAAUACACCUGCAAAAGGGGCCAUGACGGCCAUCAUAUAACUCAUUACUCAAUACCCGAGGAAAUGAAGGAAGGGUCUGUUGUCGCCAAUCUAGCUGCUGAUCUAGACUUGGAUGUUAAAACACUCAGUAAACGGAAGAUGCGUAUUGACACCAUCGGCAAUAAAAAAUAUUUGGACGUGAACAAAGAGAAUGGCGACCUGUACAUCGUGGAGAAAAUUGACAGGGAAUCUAUUUGCCCAACCAAGUCUUCAACAUCAUGCUACUUAAGACUGGAGGUAAUACUAGAAAAUCCUUUACGAAUCUUUAAUAUAGAAUUGGAAAUCUUGGACAUGAAUGACAACGCCCCGCAGUUUCGACGAGACGAAAUACAUUUAGACAUAUCCGAGUCAACACACAGAGGGGAGCGAUUUUCCUUGAGCAAUGCGGUCGACCCGGAUGUGGGAACCAACUCGCUGAAAACAUACCACAUCAGUGAAAGUGAGCACUUUGAUAUUGAGGUUUAUACGGGGAGAGACGGCUCAAAGUUAACUGAUUUGAUCCUGACAAGGAGUUUAGACAGAGAACAGCAGGCCGUUCAUAACCUGAUCCUCACCGCUGUGGAUGGCGGUGCGCCUGCGCGUUCUGGUACUGCCAGCGUUAUUGUCAAUGUUUUAGACACGAAUGACAACGCCCCUGUAUUUGGAAAAGAAAGCUACAACAUCAACAUAAUGGAAAAUUCCCCCAUAGGAAGUCUUGUUGUUCAUCUCAAUGCCACAGACUUAGACGAGGGUUCAAAUUCAGCUAUAACAUAUUCCUAUAGUCUCUAUACGCCGGAGAAAACACAAGAAACAUUCAAUUUAAACCCAAACACGGGUGAGAUCACUGUGAAGGGAAUGUUAAAUUAUGAAGAUUUUAGAAUUUACGACAUGGAAGUUAUAGCAACAGAUGGCGGAACAAAUGCUUUGUCAGGACAGUGUAAACUAACAAUUGUCGUGCAAGAUAUGAAUGACAAUCACCCAGAAAUAUCAAUUAAAUCAUUUCAGAGUCCAGUCAAUGAAAACAUAGAAGUGGGCACUGUGAUAGCAGUGGUUACCGUCAGCGAUAAAGACUCGGGGGAUAAUGGAAUAGUUGCUCUUGCCAUUCCUGAUAACAUGCCUUUCAGACUGAGAGAAUCCUCUGAUAACUAUUUUGAGCUGUUAGUUUCAGAACCGCUUGACCGUGAAAAGGUUCCAGAAUAUGAAAUCACUUUCACUGUUACAGACAGAGGUUCUCCUCCUUUAUCUGACAAUGAAACAAUGACUUUAGAACUGCUGGACGACAAUGACAACGUUCCACAGUUCUCCCAGUCCUUCUAUACGAUACGCGUAAUAGAGAAUAACGCACCCGGGGCCUUGUUAAGUUCCCUCUCUGCGCUUGACCCAGAUCUCCAUGAAAAUCAGUAUCUCGUAUAUUUUAUACUGGAGAAGGAGGUAGCCAACACCUCCAUGUCCAUGUUAUUCUCUAUUAACCCAGAGAAUGGUAAUCUUUACGCACUGAAGACUUUUGAUUAUGAGAUUGAGAAGGAGUUCCUUUUCCACAUCGAGGCCAGAGACUCUGGUGUUCCUCCACUCAGCAGUAAUGUGACUGUUCACAUCAUUAUCGUGGACCAGAACGACAACGCUCCGGUCAUUGUCUCUCCGUGGCGUGCGCACGGCUCCGUGGUGGAGGAGAAGAUUCCCAGAUCCACAGAUAAAGGCACUCUGGUUGCAAAGGUGAUAGCCAUAGACACCGACUCGGUGCUGAACUCUCGGAUUACUUACCAGUUUCUACAAGUGACUGAGGCCACUUUAUUCAGUCUGGACCAAUACAACGGAGAGAUCCGGACCACGAGGAUGUUCAGUUACAGAGACGCGCGUCACCAACGUCUGGUUGUUGUUGCCAAGGACAACGGGGAGCCUGCUCUCUCUGCUACAGUUACCAUCAAGCUGUCCACAGUGGAGACUGCUGUUAAGGCCUACUCUGACAUGACUGAAGUACCUCUAGAAUAUGACAUCUUUUCAGACCUGAACCUGUAUUUGGUCAUCGGCCUGGGCUCGGUGUCCUUUCUGCUGUUGAUCACCAUAUUGGUCACCAUCGUGCUCAAGUGUCAGAAUCCCAAGCCCAGCAAAGCUGCUGCUCCCUGUAGGAACAGUGUGAUCAGUGAGAGGAAUUCUACCAUUGGAGAUUCUACUCUGGUGUCCAACGAUGCCUACUGGUACAGCCUGUUUCUAGCGGAGACCAGGAAAGGAAAGUUUGUGGUCAGACAGCCUGUGCCGAAGGGCUCCAGGUACAUUGUGUCCAGUCUACCAAGGAGCACAGGACUGACAGAGACCAGUGACUCUGCAGCAUCAACUCUGCAGAUCCGGUCGCCAUUUCACAGCGUUACGCAGAUGGCGCAAGGGAGAAGACGUGGAUAUGAGGAAACAAUUGGCGUACAUGUCCGUGCAAUGCGCCGGAGGGGGUAUGUCGUUAUGCUCAUUUUUCUGGCUGCAUCUCUUCAAAUGUCCGCCGCCGUUACGCACUAUUCAAUUCCCGAGGAAAUGGAAGAAGGCUCUGUUGUUGCCAGUUUAGCUGCGGAUCUGGGACUAGACGUGAAGAUGCUAGUUGGACGGAGAAUGCGGUUAGAGGUCAUAGCCAAUAAGAAAUAUCUCGACGUGAACAAAGAAACUGGCGAGCUGUUCAUUGCUGAACGAAUCGACCGAGAAUCUCUCUGUCCCGCCAAGACAUCGUGUUAUCUAAAAACGGAGGCAAUCAUUGAAAACCCCAAAAGGAUAUUUUACAUCGAGUUGGAGAUUAUGGACAUCAACGACAAUGCACCUCAUUUUAGGAGAGACACAAUAGAUUUGGAUAUUUCGGAGGCGACGCAGGCUGGCGAGCGCUUCUCUGUCAACAACGCCGUGGAUCCAGACGUCGGCCCAAAUUCAGUGAAAACGUACGUCUUAAGCGCAAGUGAUCAUUUUGCCAUUGAAAUUCAGACCGGAAGAGAUGGGUCAAAGUUCGCUGACCUAAUUCUUAUAAAGGCUUUAGAUCGGGAAACUCAAGCCGUUCAUAACCUUAUACUCACUGCUGUCGAUGGCGGAGUCCCCGCUCGCUCAGGCACAGCCAGCGUCACUGUUCGCGUAUUAGACACUAAUGACAACCACCCAGCUUUUGAGAAGGAAAACUACGCGAUCAAAGUGUUGGAAAAUUCUCCAAUUGGAAGCCUCGUGUUUGACCUCAAUGCUACAGAUGUAGACGAGGGGUCGAAUGGGGACGUAGUUUACACGUAUAGUUUGUAUACCUCGGAAAAAACGCAGGCGGCAUUUCAGCUGAACCCCGCCAACGGCGAGAUCACGGUAAAAGGGAUGUUGAACUAUGAGGAUCUCAAGAUUUACGACAUGGAGGUUAUAGCCACAGAUCGAGGAGAUAAUUCUUUAUCAAGUCAAUGUAAGAUCACUAUCAUUGUAGAAGAUAUGAACGACAACCACCCAGAAAUAUCAAUUAAAUCAUUUCAAAGUCCAAUUAAGGAAAACAUAGAAGUAGGCGCAGUGAUAGCGGUAGUUAGUGUCAGUGAUAAAGACUCCGGUGAUAAUGGAGUUGUUGAUCUAAGUAUUGCUGAAAAAUUACCAUUUAAUUUGAGAGAAUCCUCCGAUAAUUAUUUUGAAUUAGUAAUUUCAGAAACUUUGGAUCGUGAAAAUGUCCCUGAAUAUGACAUCACUUUCACUGUUACAGACAGAGGUUCUCCUCUUUUAUCUGACAAUGAAACAAUGACUUUAGAACUGCUGGACGUUAAUGACAACGUUCCACAGUUCUCCCAGUCGUUCUAUACGAUACGCGUAAUGGAGAAUAACGCACCCGGAGCCCUACUAAGCUCUCUCUCUGCGUUUGACCCAGAUCUCCAUGAAAAUCAGUAUCUGGUUUAUUUCAUACUGGAGAAGGAGAUAGCCAACACCUCCAUGUCCAUGUUAUUCUCUAUUAACCCAGAGAACGGUAAUCUUUACGCACUGAAAACAUUUGACUAUGAGAUUGAGAAGGAGUUUCUUUUCCACAUCGAGGCCAGAGACUCUGGUGUUCCUCCACUCAGCAGUAAUGUGACUGUUCACAUCAUUAUCGUGGACCAGAACGACAACGCUCCGGUCAUUGUCUCUCCGUGGCGUGCGCACGGCUCCGUGGUGGAGGAGAAGAUUCCCAGAUCCACAGAUAAAGGCACUCUGGUUGCAAAGGUGAUAGCCAUAGACACUGACUCGGUGCUGAACUCUCGGAUUACUUACCAGUUUCUGCAGGUGACCGAUGUCACUUUAUUCAGUCUGGACCAAUUCAACGGAGAGAUCCGGACCAUGAGGAUGUUCAGUUACAGAGACGCGCGUCACCAACGUCUGGUUGUUGUUGCCAAGGACAACGGUGAGCCUGCUCUCUCUGCUACAGUUACCAUCAAGCUGUCGACAGUGGAGACUGCUGUUAAGGCCUACUCUGACAUGACUGAAGUACCUCUAGAAUAUGACAUCUUUUCAGACUUGAACCUGUAUUUGGUCAUCGGCCUGGGCUCUGUCUCCUUUCUGCUGUUGAUCACCAUAUUGGUCACCAUUGUGCUCAAGUGUCAGAAUCCCAAGCCCAGCAAAGCUGCUGCAGCCUGUAGGAACAGUGUGAUCAGUGAGAGGAAUUCUACCAUUGGAGAUUCUACUCUGGUGUCCAACGAUGCCUACUGGUACAGCCUGUUUCUAGCGGAGACCAGGAAAGGAAAGUUUGUGGUCAGACAGCCUGUGCCAAAGGGCUCCAGGUACAUUGUGUCCAGUCUACCAAGGAGCACAGGACUGACAGAGACCAGUGACUCUGCAGCAUCAACUCUGCAGGUAAGCGUCGCUGUUCACCACACCAAUAUGCUGACGUAA